AUGCUUGCGUUUCAACUGCUGCGGCUCCAGGCAGUGCGCGUGCUGUUAGGGGACUCCUCCUGCCGCCCAGCCUCCCGGGGCUCCCUGGGCCCACGCAGUACACAGAAGGGCAGCGGAGCCGGGUGGGAAGAGGAGAAGCACAAAGACGGAGUGAAGUGGAGACAGCUGGAGCACAGGGGCCCAUAUUUUGCCCCCCCGUAUGAACCCCUUCCUGAUGGAGUGCAUUUCUUCUAUGAUGGAAAGCCCAUGAAGUUGAGCAUGGCAGCUGAGGAGGUUGCCACUUUUUAUGGGAAAAUGUUGGAUCAUGAAUAUACAACAAAGGAAGUUUUCCAGAAUAACUUCUUCAGUGACUGGAGAAAGGAAAUGACGGUAGAAGAGAGAAAAGUCAUCAAGCACUUGGACAAGUGUGACUUCACAGAGAUCCACAGAUACUUUGUGGACAAAGCCACAGCCCAGAAAGCUCUGCCCAGGGAGGAGAAACAGAAACUGAAAGAAGAGGCAGAAAAACUUCAGCAAGAGUUUGGCUACUGUAUUCUAGAUGGUCACCGAGAAAAAAUAGGCAAUUUCAAGACCGAGCCACCCGGAUUGUUCCGUGGCCGUGGUGACCAUCCCAAGAUGGGGAUGUUGAAGAGGAGAGUCAUGCCAGAGGAUGUGAUCAUCAACUGCAGCAGGGACUCAAAGAUUCCUGAACCACCAGGGGGCCACCAGUGGAAGGAGGUACGCUCGGAUAACACUGUGACAUGGCUGGCGGCAUGGACGGAGAACAUCCAGAACUCCAUCAAGUACAUCAUGCUGAACCCGAGCUCAAAGCUGAAGGGCGAGAAAGAUUGGCAGAAGUAUGAAAUAGCUCGACGAUUGAAAGGGGUUGUGAAUGAGAUUCGCUCUCUGUAUCGGGCUGAUUGGAAGUCACAAGACAUGAAGAAAAGACAGCGAGCAGUGGCCCUCUAUUUCAUUGAUAAGCUGGCACUGAGAGCGGGAAAUGAAAAGGAAGAAGGUGAGGCGGCUGACACAGUGGGCUGUUGCUCCCUCCGCGUGGAGCAUGUCCAGCUGCACCUGGAGGCUGAUGGCCAUCAGCACGUUGUGGAACUCGACUUCCUAGGGAAGGACUCGAUCCGCUACUAUAACCGAGUGCCAGUGGAGAAGCCUGUGUACAAGAACUUACAGCUGUUUAUGAAGAACAAAGACCCUGGGGACGACCUCUUUGACAGACUGACUACUACCAGCCUAAACAGGCAUCUUCAGGACUUGAUGGAUGGACUGACGGCCAAGGUAUUCCGGACCUACAAUGCCUCUGUCACUCUGCAGGAGCAGCUGCAGGCACUGACACAUGCUGAGGACAGUGUAGCUGCUAAGAUCUUAUCUUACAACCGAGCCAACCGAGCUGUGGCCAUUCUCUGUAAUCAUCAGCGAACGACUCCCAAGACCUUCGAGAAGUCAAUGCAGAAUCUCCAAACAAAGAUCAAGGCAAAGAAAGAGCAGGUGGCAGAAGCCAAGGUAGAGCUGAAAAGGGCAAAGUCUGACCACAAGACUCAAGGAGGCAACAAGUCCAGAAGUUCCCUGGAGAAGAAGAGGCGGCUGCUAGAGAAGCUUCAGGAGCAGCUGGCCAGGCUGAGCACACAGGCCACAGACAAGGAGGAAAAUAAGCAGGUGGCCUUGGGCACGUCCAAGCUCAACUACCUGGACCCCAGGAUCAGCAUCGCCUGGUGUAAGAGGUUUGGGGUGCCUGUGGAGAAGAUCUACAACAAGACGCAGAGGGAGAAGUUCGCCUGGGCUCUCGACAUGGCAGGCGAGGACUUUGAAUUUUAACCACUGUGUCUCUCUUGAAACUUCUUUUGUGUUUUUUUCACUGUUAAAGUAAUAUUGGGGAAUUUUGCACAAUAAAAUAUUU